CGCAGCGUCUGCGCAUGCGCGGAACGCAAAGAGGAAGAGGAGCAGCUUACUCCUUCUUUACUAUUUACUGCAGAAAGAAGUUUCCCUUCUGGCAGGAAUACAACAACAAACAACAGCAACAAAAAAACACACACACACAACAGCGAUCGAGCCUACAGACCAACGGCCGGUUCCUCUGCGUGAUGUCGUCCCCGUGGUUGGAGGAGUGGCCCUUACUCGCCUCAAACAGGUCCAACGUCUCCGGCUGCUUCACCUCCACCCAGAGCACCGUCCUCAAGGGAAUCGCCUUCGGAGGAAUCCCCGUGGUGCUGCUGCUCGAUUUCUGUGUCUUUAUGGUGUUGCUGGUGGUCUUCUCCUUCAUCAGGAGGACGUUUUGGGACUACGGGCGCCUGGCAUUAGUUGCGGACAACGUCGGGUUCACAGAGUCGACACGUCGUCGCUAUGGACGCAUGUCGUCCAGCGUGGACGACGUUGAGACUGAAUUGGGAUUCUGCUCUUGGCUGCCGUACAUCGUCCGAAUGGAUGAAGGAAAGAUUAAGGCCAGAUGUGGCAUGGACGCUGUUCACUACCUGUCUUUCCAGCGGCAUCUGAUCGCCCUGCUGUUGGUCAUAAGCGUCACCUCCCUCGCCAUCAUACUGCCCGUCAACUUGUCUGGAGACCUGCUGGAUAAUAAUCCGCUGAGUUUCGGGAGGACAACUAUUGGGAAUCUUCAAAACGGCAACAACCUGCUGUGGCUGCACACGGUGUUUGCGGCUCUGUACCUGAUCCUGACCCUCGUUCUGCUGCGACGCCACACCUCACAAAUGAAAGGCAUCCGCAGAGAGACGACCAGAAACACGCUGUUUGUGUGUUCGGUCCCUAAAUCGGCGACAGAGGAAGCUGUGAAAACUCAUUUCACAGAGGCGUACCCUUCCUGUCGAGUGUGUGCUGUGACCUUGGGUUACAACGUGGCUAAGCUCAUGCACCUUGAUAAGGAAAGGAUGCGCGCGGGAAAGAACCUGUGCUACUACGAGCGCGCCCUCAGGAAAACCGGGAAACGGGAAGAGUUCAACCCCCGCCUGUGUGGUCAACUCUGCUGCGGCGCCAAAUCCCAGGAGGUUGACGCCAUCGAGUACUACAGCGCUAAAGAAAAGGAGCUGCUGGAGCAGGUGAGGGAACAGACGGAGCUGGUGCCCCAGCGCCCCCUGGGGAUGGCCUUCGUCACCCUGCAGACCGAAGCCAUGGCCAAGUACAUUCUGAAAGACUUCAACGCACUCGAGUGCGGCGGCUCAAGCUGCUGCUGCUGCUGCGGGAGGCUCCCGCAACCUUCACAGGAGAGUGGCCGUCUGAAAGUGAACAAGUGGAGCGUCAGCUUUGCACCCCACCCCAAAAAUGUGUAUUGGGCCAAUCUGUCAGUGGGAGGUUUCACCUGGUUCAUGCGCUACCUGAUGCUCAACUUCUUCCUCUUCUUCCUGCUGACCUUCCUCACCACUCCCUCCAUCAUCAUCAGCACCAUGGACAAGUUCAACGUGACGAUGCCCAUCAACUAUCUCAACAGCCCCAUCAUCAGCCAGUUCUUCCCCACCCUCCUGCUGUGGUCCUUUUCUGCGUUGCUGCCCACCAUAGUUUACUAUUCUACGAUUGGAGAGGCACACUGGAGCAGGUCCAGUGAGCAGCUGAGCAUGCUGCGUAAACUCUACUUCUUCCUGCUGUUCAUGGUGCUGAUCCUCCCCUCGCUGGGACUCACCAGUCUUGCGGUGUUUUUCCGCUGGCUGUUUGAUAAAGAGUUUCUCGCCGAUGGGAAACUGAAGUUUGAGUGUGUGUUCUUACCUGACCAAGGAGCAUUUUUUGUCAACUAUGUGAUCACGGCGGCGCUGGUGGGCUCUGGGAUGGAGUUGCUGCGGUUGCCAGGGUUACUGCUUUACAUCAUUCGGAUGGCGUUUGCCCGCUCUGCCGCUGAAAGGAAAUAUGUGAAACAGAAUCAGGCGUACGAGUUUGAAUACGGAGCCAUGUAUGGCUGGUCCCUCUGCGUGUUCUCUGUCAUCAUGGCUUACAGCAUCAUCUGUCCCGUCAUCGUGCCUUUCGGUCUCCUGUACAUGAUGCUGAAGCACCUGGUGGACAAACACAACCUGUACUUUGCCUACCUGCCUGCGCGCAUAGACCGCCAGGUGCACCUGGGAGCUGUCAAUCAGGCCGUGGCCGCGCCCAUCAUCUGCCUAAUAUGGCUCUACUUCUUCUCCGUCCUCAGAGCAGGGUUCUGGACCGCCACGUCUCUGUUCACGCUGGUGGUCCUGUGCGUCACCGUCGCCAUCUGCGUCAGCUACACCUGCUUCGGCCAUUUCAAGUACCUCAGUCCGCACAACUACGCGGUGAAAGAGGAGGAAGAGGACGCCGUGGAGGCCGUGGAAGAGAACGCCUUGGUCUACCUUCCCAGAGUGCUCAAUCCCAAAUCACCUGCCAGCACAGAACAGGCUCCUAAACACCAGCAGGCCUACGGCUCGACGGAGGGAAGCCCGACCCGCGCCGCCGCCGCCGCCGCCCCCCCCGAGACGGCGACGGACGGCUGAGUCGAGCGCCGAGUUUUGGAGCCGCGGCGCCCACGACUCCUGACCCGCAAGUCUGCUCGGUUCACAAAGGGCCCGGUGCAAGAGCCGCUCGACACAAACACCGGUCUGCUCCCACGGGGGGCUGGUACGAGUGAGUUGGGAGAACUUUUCCUCUUGGGGGGCGCGAACACACACGUUUGAAGACUUCCGUCGGUGUCGUGCAUUUAGUCCGCCGACAUCUAGCGACUAAUCGUUGGUCGUUUCAUUCAUUUCGAAGCAAUUAUGAGCUUGGAAAGCUCUGGACACUGGACAUAAUGCUGUUUGAAUAGGAUUGUAGAUGCAUAAAUUCGCUCUAACGAUAUCACCCAUAUUUUAAAUUUUCUAUUGAUCUCAUUGUUUAACACGACAAUAUCAAGAAUAACAUUUCAAAAAGCAAAAAGCAGGACUUUCUUGCCUGAUGCUUUUGGAUAGAUACGAGUGAAAAGUACCGCAGGGGGACAGUGUGUUAAAUAUCGCCUCUUACAGGAAUGACAGGAAUUUAUUUAAUUUAUUAAUCACUUUUUGCACUUGUUACGCACACCACACACACAUGUGUUCUAUCUGAAAUGCGUCUGUCAUUUUCUGUACAUGUCUCUAGCCAAUUCUCCAAGGGUUAUUUUUUGCAUGAAACUCGCCAUUUCAAACAAGCCAAAAUGUUGGAUUCCAACACUGUAAUCUAAUCUAUUAUUUGCACAUGCUGAAGCUUAUUAUGCAA